GCAUCUAGUCAGCCAUUAUCAAAACCGUGUCUAUAAUUAAAUCCAAUGCAGCCUGUUAGGCAGGCUAUGCACGACAAUGAUGGUAUCAUGGAGUUUAUACAACUUUGGCUGUAUUUUGGGUCUCUUUGUGGCUCUUAAUAAUCACAUGACAGAGUCUGCUCCGGACUUCUCCAUAUACCUCCAUACCGUUCUGAAGAACCACACUGGACAUGCCUGUGAAGGGGAAAUCCUGACCAUCAAAUGUCCCUCCCGAACCUCCAUCGCUGUUCUGUCGGCCUUCUAUGGACGCCAUGUACCGAGUCAGCAUUUUUGUCCCCCCCCAACAAGCAUAAACACAACCUCGGAGGAGGAAGAAGAGGCCGCAUGUACGUCCUCUGUGGCAAUGGAGAAAGUGUUCUCAGAAUGUCAGGAUCAGCCCUUAUGCCACAUCCCGGUAAUUAGCCCGGUGUUUGGACAGGACCCCUGCCCAUCCACCAGCAAGUACCUUCUGGUGUCCUACAAGUGCCGACCAGUGCACCACCGAACACGGCUUGUGUGUGAAAAUGAACGCAUGAGGAUAAUGUGUAAGAACGACACCGUCAUCGCCAUCUACUCAGCCUCUUUCGGACACCUGGUCGACGCGAGCCCAAACUGUCCUCAGGAAUCCACUGCACUCACAGAGCUGGAGUGUUCGUCUCCUUCAGCUCUGAGGAAGGUGUCACGCAGGUGCUACGGAAAGGCCAACUGCUCGUUAAUAGCUGACACACAUACAUUUGGUGACCCUUGUUUCCCAGGCAUCAGGAAGCACCUGCGAGUGUCCUUCACGUGUGUGCCUCGAUUCCUCCUUGAAGAGACGGGUCGAGGGACAUCAGAUCCCUUUGACAUAAUUGACUACACACACGGUUUCCCAGAAAAGGUGGCGUUCUUCUUUGUCUCUGGAAUCUGCGCAGGUCUGUUACUGCUGCUCUGUCUGUUCGGUGUGCGCUCCACACUGAUCAAGGACGUCAAGGAGCUGGUGACCGAGCUGAACGAGGAGUACAUGGCGGCUAGUAGACGCCGUCGGGGAUUCAUAGAGGACCUCUACGAUGAUGACGUGUCGGACACGUCUUCCUUCUGCCGCCUCACCCGGUCCUACCGUGCGGCGGACCUGCUGAGCACGCCCACCAUCUCCACCACGGUGGAGAUGGUGGAGCGAGAGGUGCGAGAGACGAAGGAGCUGCCCAAUGGAGACAUGUGGCCGCAUCGAGACGUGGUUCCUCAUGCCAUUCAUAAGAUUAAAACUUACAAUUGCUGAGCCGUUGGUUGAAAGCUUUGGUGGCUUAAAAAAACACUGGUUGGUCCCAAAAGUAACGGCUUCACAUUUGACUCAUUUAAACUCUUGCACAUGUUAACACUUUAUGUGUAUAUUUACAUUCAUGUUUGACUACACUAUACUUAUUUGUUUACUGAUAGCACUUUCCAAAAAUAGCACAAUACUUAAGCAUGAAUGAACAUUAUUUAAUGCAGUAAUAAACAGCAAAAUAAAACAGUUAAUUAACAGUUGUCAAAUGGUUAAGUAAUAAUUGAAUCACUAACGGUGUUCAUGUUUACCAAUUUUAUAUUAUUGAAUAGGGUAGGGGUUAACCCAAAUCCUUACCAAUGCAUUAAUUGUACCUUAAUAAACAUGAACACCAUUAGUGAUUGAUUACUAGACCAUUAGUGAAAUGUUAAUAACAUGUUAGUUACUUACUUGUUAUUCAAUGCUUAUUACUGCAUCAACUAAUGUUAAUUAAUGGUUAAUUGUUACCCUUAUUAGAGAUUUUAUCUAAUAAUUCAAGUGAAUUACUUUUUGAUAAGGGCAAGGACACGAUUUUACGAUCACUUAAAUUAUGUAAUCUUGGUUUAACAUUAUUUUAUUUUAAUUUUGUUCACAUUUUGUUAGAUUCUGAGGUACAUGUUUUUUUGUUUAUUGAACCAAUACUUCAUCAAGUAAAAUUUCACUUUG